GUGCUUUGGUGGGUUUGAGUGGUGGAAUGAGAGAUUUGUGUGAUGUGUCGUUAGGUCGAAACGGUCGAGUCGGGUCGGGUCGUGUACCUUUUGCCACGAAUGUUUUGCCAGUCAGGCUCUAAAAGGCCUUAUGAAAACAGUAAAUAUUUCGCUGCUCGCAUGACGCGCAUUUUUUCCGAAUCUCUGAACAAAGUUAUUUUUUAUUUCUACAUGCGUAGAUAUGCCAAGAAGGAAAACAACUGAAAUUUUACAAAGUGUGUGCAAGUCUUGUGAAGUUUUCGGUUGUAACGCACGGACACAAAUUCAUAAUUGACGAAAUAAAAAAUAAAUUCAGUAAAAUACGCGCGCGGUGCGUCUAAAAAUAUCGAGUGCUGUAUAGUUUUAAAUAAAAAUAAAUAUAUUUUAUAUAUUUUGCAGCGCGGCAACGCGACAACCUACAAAACGUGCGUGCAAGAAGUUUUUGCUCGAUCAGAAAUUAUGAUAAAGUGAAAAAUAUUGCAUUUGAGUGUUUUGUUAAAAAAUUCAUCAUACAAAAAAUGAGUACUGGUUGAUGAAAAUACAUAAAGAAUUUUCGCAAAAAAAAAAAUACCAAUAAAACAAUUCUGCAGUGUUGCGAUCACUUUUCUGCAAAAUCUCGUUUGAAAGUAAUAAAAAGGAUUAUAGCGACGCUUGGUGUGAUUGAACACGCAAACAUAUAUACGUGACGUGCAACUAUACACACGAACAUAGCGCCUGGUACAACCAGCCAAACGGUCUCGUCCCGUUGCGUGUUGACGAGAUACCGGCAAAGUGCAUACUUCAUUCCCCCCUUACGCCCCGCAAGCCGCCAAAAUUAUCACCCAUAAUUCUUUGAGCGUGUACGGUGGCGGCGUCAUGUGCGCCUCACCGUCCACCGCUCCCGGCUUCUUCAAUCCACGCCCGCAAUCCGGCGCCGAGCUGUCCGCCUUCGAUCUCGGCCUACCGCGCUCCAUGGCAUUGGGCGUGCCACCACCCUCUGCAUGGCAUGAUCCCAACCUCGGAGGUCAUCUGCACGCUUCCGCUGGACCCGGCUCAUUGGCCGGUGCAGCAGGCGCGGGUGGCAGCUCUGUGGGUACCGGCGGCGGUACGACACCAUCCAGCGUCGCCAGUCAACAGUCGGCGGGCAUCAAGCAGGACCUCUCCGGUCUGACCGGUGGUCAAUCGAAUGCACUCAACCAAAGCGGACACCACACAAUCAAAGAGGAUCUCUCCAGUCUUACGGCAGCUUCGGCGGCGGCCACUGCGGCAGCGCACCAUGCAGCGACCGCACAUCAUGCGGCGGCGGCGCAACAGAAUCACGGACAGGAGCUGGGCGUUAUGAUCAAAGGCCAACAGACGGCGUCUAGUUGCUUGGGCGCCGGCAGUGCGGCGGGCGGUGGAGGUGGUGGUGGCGGCGGCGGCGGCAGUACAACGCCUAGUUCUCAGGCAAAUAGCCUGCACUCACAAAGCAGCAACAGCGACUCCAAGCAGAAUUUGGACUGCAAACAGAACAUCGAGUGUGUGGUGUGCGGGGACAAGAGCUCCGGCAAGCACUAUGGACAAUUCACCUGCGAAGGCUGCAAAUCAUUCUUCAAGCGCUCAGUGCGACGCAACCUCACCUACUCGUGUCGGGGGAGCAGAAAUUGCCCGAUCGAUCAACACCAUCGCAACCAAUGUCAAUAUUGCCGUUUAAGAAAGUGCCUGAAAAUGGGAAUGCGACGCGAAGCUGUUCAACGCGGUCGUGUGCCACCUACUCAGCCCGGUUUGGCCGGUAUGCAUGGGCAGUAUCAGCUCGCCAAUGGUGACCCCAUGGCAGUCGCCGGCUUCAACGGUCACUCCUAUCUAAGUUCCUACAUUUCACUGCUCUUGCGCGCCGAACCUUACCCAACGUCCCGCUAUGGUCAAUGCAUGCAGCCGAACAAUAUAAUGGGUAUUGAUAACAUCUGCGAACUGGCCGCACGCCUACUCUUCUCUGCCGUGGAGUGGGCCAAGAAUAUCCCGUUCUUUCCCGAGCUGCAAGUGACGGAUCAAGUAGCGCUGCUGCGUCUAGUCUGGUCCGAGUUAUUCGUUUUGAAUGCGAGUCAAUGUUCGAUGCCGCUGCAUGUGGCUCCGCUAUUGGCCGCUGCUGGUCUCCAUGCCUCGCCGAUGGCGGCGGAUCGCGUGGUUGCAUUCAUGGAUCACAUACGUAUCUUCCAGGAACAGGUGGAAAAACUGAAGGCGCUACACGUCGAUUCGGCGGAAUACUCCUGUCUUAAGGCGAUCGUGCUCUUCACCACCGAUGCGUGCGGUCUGUCGGACGUUACACAUAUCGAAUCGCUGCAGGAGAAGUCGCAGUGCGCGCUCGAAGAGUACUGCCGUACCCAGUAUCCCAGUCAGCCUACGCGGUUCGGAAAGUUGCUCCUGCGAUUGCCCUCCCUGCGCACCGUUUCCUCCCAGGUCAUCGAGCAAUUGUUUUUUGUGCGUCUAGUCGGUAAAACCCCCAUUGAAACGUUAAUACGCGACAUGCUGCUGUCCGGCAACAGUUUCUCCUGGCCGUACUUGCCAUCGAUGUGA